AUGUCUGACAAUACACCCGCUCUUCCUUCAGUAGAGAGAGUGAAGCAGACAGUUUUCCUCGCUAUUACAUGGACGGCAACCUGGGUUUCUUUCACACUUGUGAUUUUUCGUCUUGCCACUAGGGCCAAGUCCAGCAGAACGCUCUUAGUGGAAGACUACUUGGUUAUUCUUGCGUGGCUGCUACUUCUCGUGUCUGCCGUCCUAUGGCAAAUCAAGAGUAGUGUACUGUACUGGAUGUACGAUAUCCAGUCUGGCAAGGUUGCCCCAACUCUUGAAUUCCCUAUUGAGUAUUCUGCCUUCUUGCGACUCGUGGUUGCUUGGAAUACAUUCUUCUAUUCAUCCCUUUGGGCUGUGAAGUUCUCUUUCCUUUUCUUCUUCCGGCGUCUUGGGUCAAACGUGUCUGUGGGUCGAAUUUGGUGGUGGGUGGUCACGACUGUUACUCUAGCUGGCCUGAUUGCAUCGAUUGCAGACAUUGAUUACAAAUGUACUGUGAACAACCUCGCAUACAUUAUGGAGAAAUGUUCACUUGUCAAAGGUGUACGAUUCGAUGAUAACACGUUCUAUGGCAAUAUGGCUAUUGACAUCGCAACUGAUCUGCUCAUUCUCUCCAUUCCUUUUCGAAUUCUAUGGAACGUCCAGAUUCCACUCAAGAAGAAGGCCAUCCUUCUAGGUAUUUUCUCAUUGACCAUAAUCAUCAUUAUCACAUCCAUACUUCGCGUGGUGUUGGUGAAAGGAGUAGGUAGCGCAACGCGAGUGUCCAGUAUAGAUUGGCUAUAUUUAUGGUCCAACGUGGAGGUUGGGAUUGCGAUCAGUGUCGCUUGCCUUGCCUCUUUCCGUCAACUCUUCGUCUUCAAACAGGCCCAUGGUAAAGGCAGCCAGGCAACUAGAGGCAGCCUUCGGAGCUUUCUACGGAAUUAUCAUUUCAAGAAGCUUUUAUCUAGAUCUACCUCACACGAAGGAUCUAAGCAAAACUGGACUUACCCAUUGGAACACUCAGCAGCUAAUGAUUCUCAACAUCAUAUCGUGCCGCUACAGUCCGUCCAUGUGAAUCGUAGUGUUGACAUCACCAUGGAUAUGGCCACACCGGAACUGGAUAGCAGAAUGUAUGCGCAAAACAGAGGUUUUAGUUUUGGAUGA